AUGUCGACUGUGCCAAGGGCACCUGGUGGACCGAUUGACCUUGCCAUCUUGCUGCGGGCUUUGGCGUCAUCGGUCUUUGAAGAGCGAGUCAUGACCCAAAGCGCGCAUCCCUCCGCAGGCCAGCCGUCGCCCGAGUCGCCCUCGUUUGAGCCGCCCGACGGUCGCAUCGCGCACACUUUGACUGCCUGCACCAGGUGUCGACAACGUAAGUCCCGAUGUGAUCCUGGCAUCCCACGAUGUGCCCCCUGCGAACGAAGCAACGCCAGAUGUGUCUAUUACGAUUCCACGAGAGACACCACCAUCCCACGAACAUAUAUUGUCUCGCUACGUGAGAAGGCCCGCGCCCUGGAGAAGGAGCUCGCCAAGGCCGAAAAAGAUAUUCAGCACGCCGCCGACGCGGAGCUGAUGGUGCGGGGCGCUGGGCGCAUCCGCUUCAAGGACAACGAUGAGCCACGGUAUCUGGGUGCCUCGAGUGGCAUCGCGAUUACCCGGCUAGUCAUGGAGCUGGCUAAGCAAAAUACCGAUUCCAAGAGCAUCAAAGAUGUGGUGCCCGAAUUGACUGCCCAUGAAAUCAAGGCGGCUUUCGCGCAGGAAGAUUCGAAGCCGACCUCCAAAGUCUACCCGAUGAUCAGCUCAAUUCCGCAAGCCAACCUGCCUCCGCAAAACUUGACCUACAAAUUGAUCGAUCUUUUCGUUGCCAAAGCACAAGCACUCCUCCCAACAUUACAUGAGCCGAGCUUUCGACAAGACGUGGAGGAAGUCUUCAACGGUUCCACCGACCCCUGCCAGAACUUUCAGCUUCGAAUGGUUAUUGCCAUUAGCAUGCAAAAAUUGAGCCCGGACUACGCCGGCCUGGCCGACAGCUACUAUCUAGCAGCCCUGCCAUAUCUGGAGCCCACCCUGAAACAGAUGGACCUGAGGGCACUACAAUGUUUGGUCUUGAUUGCUCAAUACUCCAUGCUCACACCCACACGUACAGCGGCAUAUUGGGUGGUCGGAACGGCUGUGAAGCUGUGCCAGGAGCUAGGACUGACCGAAGAGGCCACCAUCACCAAGUCUUCCUGCGGCCAGCCCUUGAAUACAUUGGAGGUUGACAUGCGCCGGCGACUCUUUUGGAUUGUCAUAUCCAUGGAAUUCGGACUCUCUCAUAGUCUCGGCCGGUCGAGUUGCUAUAGUGUCACUCACGAUAACCUCGAUGUCAAGUUCUUUGAAUUGGUAGAUGAUCGUUACAUCACCGCCGAAGGGAUUGUCCCAGGAGCAAAGCCAAUCAUUCCCAAGUGUCUUGCAGUUCACUUUUUCAAGAUGCGUCUUCUGCAGUUGGAAGGGCGGCGGCAACUCUAUUUGAACCGAAAGGAGACGCCCGUCGACGAUCAAGAUCCAUGGUUUGCUCAGAUGAAUGCGAAGAUCGAUCGAUGGAUGGCAACUUGUCCCAAGCAUGAUGACGGGAGCGGCUUGAAUGUGAAAUGGUUUCAAGGACGACGAAACACGAUAGUGAUUCUAAUGUACCGGCCGUCCCCUCAAAUACCCGAACCCUCGACCAACGCAGCCAAGAUUUGUUACGACGCGGCCACAUUCAAUAUUGCUAUGCAUCGAGAACAGAUGAUCACCAGCUCCGUCGAUUUGACCUGGAUAUUCACCCAAUCGCUUUUCAUGGUUCUCAACACUGUUCUAUGGACACUCUCGUAUCCUGAAAUUCGAAAGGAACACCCCGUCGACGAAGUACAGGGCUAUCUGGACAUGGCCUUAGAAGUAAUUGUCUUUGCCGCCGAAAGGUGGCCGGGUGUUCAGUCUGCUUUGCUCCUUUACAAACGCCUCGUGGCUGCCUGUCUGAAGGCAUACGACACGGAGGAGUCGUUCGUCGUGCAUUCUCCCUCAAACCAUCCCACGCCAACCUCUUCUCAAGGGGUCAUGACCCCUCCUGCCAUGUCCAGCCCUUCGAGUACUACAACUGCGUCUUUCUACUCUCACCAGAACUAUCGCCCUGGAAACCCUUCUAUUGGCGACGCUUCCUCAACCGGCACCUUGUCAAGAGGCCACUCCGCCGACCCUUCAAUAUCAUUCCAGGAGCCAACACCCCCAGCCUUUACCGCCGACCCAUUAAAGACGACGGGGAUGUCACAUGCAUUCGGCAUGCAGCCCCCAUCGACUACGACCCCCGGGACCAACGACAGCCAAUAUACAACCCAGGCUUACUGUGCACCAGCUGCUCUCUAUCCGGACGUGUCCAUCGACCCUAAUACCCCUUACAACGCAAUUCCAUCGGUGGUUCCGGGACUUCAAGGCUGGGAUCCCAACUUUUCCCUGGCCUCCACGACCGCUGGGCACCUGGCGUACAUAGACGCCAGCGUCGAUCCCAUGCAAUGGACGUCCUCCAUCGGGGACCAAUAUUCCCAAUACUUUAACGAGCCAUUCCCAGUACCACCAUGGCGGGAGCGGACAUUGAGUCAGCAGGAGCAAAUUGAGCUGAUGGCAUCACUGGAACACGACAUCCCCGACGUAUCUGCUCAGUUGGUACGCGAGUCCAAUGCGUUCUACCAGUCAUGA